AAUUGAAUACCCGGCCCUGAUCCUUUCUCUCUCUCUCCAGGGCAUGGAUAUGCCUCUCGACGACGACAACUGAAACUCUUGGGUACGCCGUAGUACCUCGUCCCAAAAUCAUCCACAAUAAGGAUAAACCCUCUCGGAUGCUCCCGGAAACUUGCUCAAAGACACACCGAACGCAAGAACGCCAUGUCACUUCAGUGAAGCAGAGAGAGAUUCUAAAGCCAACGGAGGCGGUAGCCAGUCAUAAGCUCUGUCUGGUACGGAGAGAAUGGAUUCAGGGAGUGAGAAGCCCUUCAAGACCAUCGAGGUCGUUGACUCAAGAACGAACCAAGUGUGCAAAGUGGCAUGCAUGUCAUGUAUACGAGGCCAUCGCACUACAGCAUGCGGUAUUCCAGUCUGCCGAAACAAGAUCUUCUGGACUGUCAAACGCCCAGGGAGGCCCUCCAACUCAUGCACAUGCCGUUAUGGAGCCACGGGAGGCUGCAAAUGUGUCGUGGCAACAUCAGCAUGUCCCCAUAAGGCCAAGAAGGGCGAAAAGCGUAGCGGGGAAUGUCGAUGUGAUGAGCAAGGACGGUAUUGCUGUUUGAUCGAACCCGACCACUGGACCGCCCUGUUUGCAUUGCAGAAGCCUACCGUUGAGUUUUGCCCAACCCGAGAAGAUCUUGAGACGAAGCAAGCGGCCAGUGCUUCUGUGCAGCACAUAUCGCCAUCACCAGGCCAUGUGAUGCCCAAUCCAGCUGGCGUGAUGAGCGUGCCCAGCACCCCAGGACCAAACAUGCCGCCACAGAUCAUGCCAUCUCCAUACAAUGCCUUCACCCCCCAGUCGUCGUCUUUGACACCGCGCUUUGGCGUGAUGGGUCUCGGCGCUCCUCGGCACUCACUGCCCGACGUACCGCUCGAUCUAUUGACAUGGGGCGGCGAUGUGUCUCAUGCACCGAUAGACUAUCCGCAACACUACUCCGACACUGGUAACAGUCCCGAACCCUGUUGUCAAACGUCCACGUCUUCGGCUCCGCCCCUGGGAUCGCCGCAACCAAUAGCACAGCUGUCGUACUCGCAGCAACAACCGCUGCAUGAUUUAGCACUGCCUCAAGCGUUUGACGUGCCGGGCGACCAGAACGCAACCCACGCUACGGUCGUUCCAACGACCCUCCCUGCGACGCAGUCCUCGAUAUUCAACAUCGAAAAACUGCAGUCCGACUUCUACACGUAUAGAUUGCCUUCGGCGAUAUGUCAAAGCUGCGGGUAUGGUGGCUGCAACUGCAAGAACUGUCCACCGUUAUUUCAAAACCCAUUUGACGGGAGCUGGGCACAAUGUUGCGGCCGAAAGCAUGCUCGAGAACCACAGACCACUCCCGAGCCGCGCAAAGUACCUCGAUCAUCAGGCUACGAUG